AUGUCUCAGCAAUCGAGUGAUGAUUCUCCCGUUUCAGACUCGGCAACACCGGAAGAGUCCUCUAACCCUAAUAGAAUUCUUAAGGUUGUCCCUUUAAGGACGAUUAGCAGUGACGAAGUAAAUGCCACAAAGCCUAAAACGACUCAUGCAAAACGGCCCAAGGAGGGUAUUCACAACAAGGGUACUAAAUCCUCAGCAUCUGCUACCAUGGAGGAACUUACUAAAGAAGGAUCCAAAUAUGUCGAUAGCGUAAUUACCAGGAUUGUCACUCGUAUUCUGAAGGAGAAUCAUCAAGUGCCUGGAAUAUCUAUUCCUCUUCAAACCAUAAUGGUUGAUCCCCUCAAUAACACCAAUAAGGUUGAGGCUGUUCACACCGUUGAUAGUGACCUAGAAAUCAACAAGGAUGAACAAGGGUUUGCUAAGAAUACCAAUGUUACCGAGGAUGUCAAUGACAUCGACAAUAAUGAGCACCCUAAGGCCAAUACUGAAACUGAUACUAAUGUGGUAGACUUAGAUGAGUACUCUGACGACGAAUUACUUACCUCCUUGAAUCCUAGUGUAGCCAACAGGCUAAUGACAAGAAGAAAAGGCAAAGCUGUUGUCCAAGGAUCUCCUAAAAGGAGCACUCAAGUAAACAACCCUGCCAAAGACACUGUCAGGAAGAAGAGUACUUCUGCAGGUCCUGUCAAGAGCAAAGUUGUAACCAAGAGUAAAGGGGUUGGUCCAUCAAAAUCUUGGAGCAGGGUCAUUCCAAAGAAACGAAAGGAGCGGGAAAUUGUUGAACCUGAAUCUGAUGUUGAAGUGAAUGUCCCUUACAUUCCAUCGAGGAAGAAGCCUACAACCAGUAAGCUUGCUGCUAGUAUUCCUGAAGUUCCCAUGGAUAAUGUGUCUUUCCACUUUGCCUCUAGUGCCAGCAGAUGGAAGUAUGUUCUUCUAAAGAGAUUGGCUGUUGAAAGGGAAUUGGCUCCAAAUGCUCUUGAAAACAAGGAGGUCUUAGAGCUGAUUCAAGAAGCUGGACUGCUAAAAACUGUGUGCAAUCUUCCCAAAUGUUAUGAGAAGCUGGUCAAAGAAUUUGUGGUAAACCUAUCUGAAGAUUGUGGCAACAACAGGAAUGCAGACUACAGAAAGGUGUUUGUAAGAGAUGAAGCACAAACCGAGCUGGAAGUAACAGAUAGCCAAGUCUGUCAAGUGAUCACAGCCAAGCAGGUAAAAAGCUGGCCCAUGAAAGAGAAGCUAACUGCAAGUAAGCUGAGCAUCAAGUAUGCAAUGCUUCACAAGAUAGGAGCAGCUAAUUGGGUUCCAACAAAUCAUAAGUCCACUAUCUCAACUGUGCUUGGUAGAUUUCUGUAUGCUGUAGGAACAAAGGCAAAGUUUGAUUAUGGAGCAUAUAUUUUUGACCAAACCAUGAAGCAUGCUGGAAGCUUCAGUAUUAAGGGUAAGCAUGUUCCAGACAUUGUCAUGACAUCAGCUGAAACUUCCAAAUCUGGAGCAUCAAUCAGUAAAGCAGAAGUUAUAGCAAUGCCAAAAGAGACUUGCAAAGAACUGGAAUCUAGAAAAAUAUCUAUUGGAAAAAUGAUACGUACUCUGGAAAUGGAUGAGAAUGAGGAGUUUGCAGAUACUGAAGAGAUGGAAGAUAAAGAUGAACAAGAAUUGGAAGAAGAAAGUGCUAGUCCUGUUGAUGACUCUGAGAAAGAAAGUUAUUCAGACACCUCAGAUGGGUCUGAAUCUGAGCAGUAA